AUGGCGGCCUCUGAGGCGGCGGCGGCGGAUCCCGCGGCUCUCGCCUCGGGCGCCCCGGCCGUCCCGGCGGCCGCGAGGGGAGCCGCCGCCGCCUCUGGCCCGUGGGUGCCCCCCGGGCGGCUGAGAGGCAGCCGGCCGCGACCGCCGCCGGCGAGGCAGCAGCCCGCGGGUUCGGCGCCGCCGGCCCGGGAGCUUAUCCAGCCGUCGGUGAGCGAGCUGUCCCGGGCCGUGCGGACCAACAUCCUGUGCACGGUGCGCGGUUGCGGCAAGAUCCUACCCAACAGCCCCGCGCUCAAUAUGCACCUGGUCAAGAGCCACCGCCUGCAGGAUGGCAUAGUAAAUCCAACAGUAAGAAAAGAUUUGAAAACUGUACCAAAAUUCUACUGUUGUCCAAUUGAAGGAUGCCCUAGAGGCCCUGACAGACCAUUUUCUCAAUUUUCUCUCGUAAAACAGCACUUUAUGAAAAUGCAUGCUGAAAAGAAGCAUAAAUGUAGUAAGUGCAGCAAUUCGUAUGGCACCGAGUGGGACUUGAAAAGACAUGCAGAGGAUUGUGGCAAGACCUUCCAGUGCACGUGUGGGUGUCCCUAUGCCAGCCGGACUGCGUUACAGUCCCACAUCUACCGAACUGGCCAUGAGAUCCCUGCAGAACACAGGGAUCCACCUAGUAAGAAAAGGAAAAUGGAAAGCUGCCUGCACAGCCAGAAGCUGUCCAGGAAGACCGUUGAAUCGCUGAGCAAGCAGCCAAUUCCGCGACCAGACGCUCCAGAACUAGAGACUUCAGAAAUAAAGCUGGUGGCUUCCUUUGAAGACUCUUGCAGCUCUAAUGCCAAACAACAGACUCUUCCAGCAGCUCCACGGUACCCUCAGAAGUUGCUUUUACCAAAGCCCAAAGUGGCUUUGGUUAAACUCCCUGUCAUGCAGUUUUCUCCUGUGCCUGUCUUUGUGCCUACAGCCGACUCCUCGGCCCAGCCUGUGGUGUUGGGUGUCGACCAUCAGGGCUCUGCCCCCGGUGCCGUGCACUUACUGCCCUUGUCCAUUGGAACCCUGAUCCUCGGCCUGGAUUCGGAAGCCUGCUCUCUCAAGGAGAGUCUCCCUCUUUCAAAAGUUGUAAAUCCUGUUGCUGUUGAGCCAAUUAGCACAGGUAUUCAAGUGAACUUGGGUAAAAGUCCAUUUAGCCCGUUACAAGAACUCGGGAACACAUGUCAGAAGAACAGCAUUUCUUCCAUCAAUGUGCAGACAGACCUGUCCUACACCACACCGCAGUUCAUGCCGACUGCACAGUGGGCCAGCCCUGACUCCUCUGUGUCGUCCUGUUCGCAAACUGAUUUGACAUUUGGUUCCCAGGUUUCCCUUCCCAUUAGUGUUCAAACUCAGACUUUUUUGCCCAGUUGUAAGGUAACCUCAUCCAUCGCUGCUCAGACUGAUGCAUUUAUAGAUGCCAGUUUCCAGCCAGGUGGGAUCUCCAGAGAAACUCAGACCAGCGGAAUGCAAAGUCCAGCAGAUGACCGAGUACAGAUGGACCAAGCUGUAAUGUGUGGAGACAUUUUUGAAAGUGUCCAUUCAUCAUAUGGUGUGUCCACAGACAAUAUUAUAAGCAGCAGCUUAGUAGCAGAGACUGUAACUCAUGACUUGUUACCUCAGAACCACACUAAAACUUUAACUCAAGAUAUUGAGAAAUCCACACCAAUAAUAACCUUCAGUGCACCAAACAGUAUGCUUUCGUCACAGAACAUGACAGAUAAUCAGACCCAAACCAUGGAUUUACUAAGUGAUCUAGAAAACAUCUUGUCAAGUAACCUACCUGGUCAGACGCUGGACAAUCGUAGUCUUUUGUCUGACACAAAUACUGGACCUGACACCCAGCUCCCAUCUGGCCCAACCCAGAAUCCUGCAAUUGAUUUUGAUAUCGAAGAGUUCUUUUCAGCCUCAAAUAUACAGACACAAACCGAGGAGAGUGAACUUAGCACCAUGACCACUGAGCCAGUCUUGGAGUCACUGGACAUAGAAACCCAAACUGACUUCUUCCUUGCAGACCCUUCUGCCCAGGCCUACAGUUGUAGGGGGAAUUCUAGCUUCUUAGGCCUUGAGAUGUUUGACACACAGACACAGACAGACCUGAACUUCUUUUUAGACAGUAGCCCUCGUCUGCCACUGGGAAGUAUCCUGAAACACUCCAGCUUUUCCAUGAGUACUGAUUCAUCUGACACAGAGACCCAGACUGACGGAAUCUCCACUGCUAAAAACCUGCCUGCCCUGGAAAGCAAGGUUCAGUUGAACAGUGCCGAAACACAGACCAUGAACUCUGGCUUCGAAACUUUGGGGAGCUUAUUCUUCACCAGCAAUGAAACUCAGACAGCAAUGGAUGACUUUCUUCUGGCCGAUCUGGCCUGGAACACGAUGGAAUCUCAGUUCAGCUCUGUUGAAACCCAAACGUGUGCAGAACUACACCCAGUCUCCAACUUCUGAAAGCGGAGUCCACAUGGGGGAUGGAUUCACAGUUCCCUUCUGGAUUUAGAAGAUGAAGAACAGGGACAACAGUAUUAACUCUAUUGAAUGUAGUUGACGAUACAGUUACUUCGAUUCUUUGAGGUUCUUUGCCUUUUUGUACUUGUAAACAUGAAAUUUGUGUAAAAAUUUGUGAGUGUAUUAUAAAGUGUAAGAUGUUGAUCUGAACAUGAUUGUUUUUGUGUUGCCGACAUUUGCCCUUUCAGUGUAGUCUUCCCUUUUUUAAAAAAAAAAAUGUGUUUCACACCUUUAAAACCCAUCUUGCCAUUUAGCUGAAGCCAAGCUCACCAGGACUUAGGGUACAAACUUCAGAUCUUCAAAACAUGUUCGUCAAAGCAUGACUGACUUAAAUUGCACCUAAAAUACUCUUGCCAGUGCUUGUUAAGAGAGUCCUGUUCCCUGAUAACGUGUGAAGAAGUCUGACGCUGCACCGUCAGAUUUAAACACCAACAGCUUUGCUUGCUUUGACAUCUUACUCUUCCCUAAUUUGAAGACACAAAGGAAAACUACUGUUGUCUUUAGCUUCUGAGACAAUUUGCAUAUAGCCAAUGCCAUCCCUCUACGUGAACUGUUACUGGUAGGAACAUAAGUACUUUGCUCACAAGACAUGUUGCUGUACAAUUAUUGCUUAAAGUAGUAGCGGCAAGCACUUAGUGUAAAUAGUGAUGCUUUCAGUCUAAGUGACAGUAAGUCACCCCAACUAUGGAAACGCUGGGCUGUAGAAUCACGCCCUUUAGCUCAUCCUGGAGUGUGUCCUACAAGCCAUCCCUCCUGCACCCUACCGAAGGCCAGGGUGGUGCUCCAGAGCUGCUCAAGGUGCACCCCACCCGCUGAGUCUGAGUUUUGUCGCUCUAAAUGUUAAAAAACAAUAAAAAUAGUAAUGUAAGGAGAAAAGGAUAUUCCCUGUUACAUUUCAAUACUUUUCAUAAGCUUGCUAGGGCAAGAGUGCAAUCAACUACUAGAGUAAAGUGAGUCUUUUCAUCCACCUCUCAUUUUUUUCCUGGAAUGAGGAAACACAUUGGUCUAGCAAGAAUAGUGUUUGUGCCUUGAGGAUACCAAGUCUAGAAUAGAUCUGUCUAAAAUACGGCAUUCUGCAUUAUGUUGCUUUGUUUGUUUAGAGAGGGUAAUACUGAACGGUCUUCAAAGAAAAUGAGGUGAAGAUCCAGCACUUCAAGAACAUAAUAUGUUUUGAGAUGGCUGAACAGUCAGGUACACUUGGAGGGUUUUUUGUAUUUAGAAGAUCCUGAGUUCUUGAUUGUUGGCCAGCUUUCAGGCAAGUAAAAAUGCAGUCUGUACAUUUUUCUAAGUUUACCUAAAAAAAUGCUCUUUUCCUUAUGUGGCACAUGCUUUAUGCUGCUGAAGACUAAACUCUCAAAAUACAACCUAAGGCAGGAACUAAUAAUUCAUUAGAGCAAAUCAAUGGUGUUGCUACUAAUUCCUAUCCCAUAGAAGAAUUGGUGGUAAUGGAUAAAUAACAUGUCCUGGGCAGAUGAACUCAACCUGGUAGAUAAAAGUUUGCUUGGGUCACAGUUGCCUAUGAAUGUGGGUUUCAAAACAAACAUAAAGCCUUAACUUAGUAUUUCAUUAUGUUUUAGAAUCAUCACUGCCUUAACGUUUCAAACAUCUAUUUCAGUUCUCCUGGUAAGGAGAAGUGCAUGUUUGUUUUGGCUUUUUGUAAAUAUAUAUGCAGUGAUCUAUGGCUUUAAAAAAAAAAUCUGUGUGUCUGUGACAAUGUUUGUUAAUUCAGCCAACUGAAUUAUUUACAGAAAAUUGAGCAUGUAAUAGUUCAUGUACCAGUAAGAACUGUCCCCAACCCGAACCUUAGUUCCCUGAAUUGUUCUAAGAUUAUUUGUAAAAGCUGAAAACUCAGUGAUUAAAGAGAAGUGAGAAUUCUA